AAUCAUUAGCAAAUUAAGUAAUAACAAAGUAACAAAAAGACAUUUAGAAUAAUAAAUUUUAACUUGAUAAAGAACAUGUUGAAACUGAUUGAACCUAGAUAUGGCUACAAAACUGUAAACAUAACCUUCAAUUUCGUUACCUAAAUAUAUACUUAUUUAUAAUACUACAUAUGAAUAUUAUAUGAAUGGAUAAAACGGUAACAGAUAUCAAGUAUGUUUUCUAUUAAUUUAGUAACAUUAGACAGUUACCAGUCAGUUCCAACACCUGAAUUGGACGUAGUAUUUUCACAUUUUCGUGGAGCAGAGAUUAGGCAAGUUCCAGUUAUUCGAAUAUUUGGAUCUACUCCUCGUGGAAUAAAAACGUGUCUACAUGUACAUGGUGUAUUCCCAUACAUGUACGUACCGUGUACGAUAGAAAAUAAUGUCGACAGUUUCAUGUACAAAUUAGCAACAGCCAUAGACUCUGCGAUUAACGUAUCUAUGGGGUCUGCAGUGUCUAAUAAUCAACAUGUUUAUAAAAUUCAAAAAGUUUCUGGAAUUCCCCUUUAUGGAUUUCACAAGACAGAGCAUUUAUUUUUUAAAAUUUAUUUUUACAACCCAGCAAUGAUUAAACGUGCAGCUGAUCUUUUACAAAAUGGUAUGAUACUUAGUCAUAGUUUGCAACCACAUGAAGCUCAUAUUCCUUUUAUUUUGCAAUUUAUGAUGGACUAUAAUCUUUAUGGUAUGAGCUUAAUAAAUUUAAAAGAUGUUAAACACAGACAAUGCAUGUAUACAGAUUCGAAAGAGAAUUCCCAGAAUGAAAACUCAUUGUCUUUUUCUAAUUCAGAAAAGUAUCUCCCUGGAUCUGUGAUUAGACAGAGUACAUGCAAAUUAGAAGUAGAUGCACAAGCAACUGACAUACUUAAUAGACAAGAAAUUCAGAAUGUUUUAGAUAUAAAUCCUGGUAUUGCAGCAAUCUGGAACAAUGAAAAAUGUAGAAGAGAAGCUAAUGGCUUACCAGAUGUUGAAUCGCAACUAUUGUAUUCAAAUACCAAUGAUAGAGUUUAUGCUGCAACAGAUAAUGAUAUUUAUCAAGAGGAAAGGUUAGCGCAAAGGUUACAAGCUAUUUCACAAAUUAGUGAAACUGUAACAUCUGCAACAUCGAGUACAGUCAGUUAUCCUCUAGAAGUAGGAAAUGAAGAUAAUCUGAUUAAUGCUUCAUGUGUAUUAGAUCAUUUCAAAUUAUCCGUAUUAGAUGAAGAAAGUAAAGAUGAAAUAGACUUGAACAAUCAACUGUUAGGCUUUGAAAAGCCUAAUAUAUCAAAACAGACUUCACUUCUUGAUUGGAGCUUGGAGACCAGUAUUUUAGAUACAGGAGAUAUCCAUUUAGUGGAAAUACUAGCUAAUUUAGCAGGACCAAAUGAAAAGGACAAAAUUGUAGAUGAUGACAGUAUGCUAGGUUCUCAGUAUUCUAUAUUGAGUAAUCAAAUCAAACAAGAUAAUGAGGAUGAUGAAGAUGAUGAAGUUGAAAAUCUAAAUAUUACAAGUUUUGAUUUAGAUAGCCUUAGUUCAUGGAAUUCAGAUACUAAACCCUCUACUGAAUCAUAUGUACCUGAAAUUGGAAAUAAAGAAGAAGAAAUUAACAAAGAUACAGCAGGCAUACUUGAGAAUAAUAUUGAAGAUAUAUCUCUAUCGAGUUUUCCACAGUAUGAUGGUUUGAAUGAUCUAUUUUUAAAAGAUGAAAACCAUUUUUCAAAGAAGCCUGCUGUUAAUAAAGUAAAAAAAUGGAAGAAAACAUGUAAAAAAUUAGAAACAAAAUCAAAAGAUACAAACAAAAUUCAAAGAUAUAGUGACCUUUUGCCAAAAAAGACACUAACGUUUCAAUUAAAUUUCAAUGAAGUAUCAAACAUGAACAACAAAUUAUGGCGAAUUUUAAGUAAAUUAGAUCACCAAGAUUUAGAUGUUUAUGAUGUAGAUGAGGUAGUGCAUGCAUUAUCAUUAAUUGAUUAUGCAAAUUUAAACAAGUCUACUAAUCAAAUUAAUCUUGAUAAAUCACAUUUUAAAAUCAACGAUCGUACGAUCGAAUUAAGCAUACCAGCACUUGAUGGUAAUGCAAGUGAUAGCUCUAGCGAAUCUGAGUUAGAUCAAGACAUUACCAUUGAUAGACAAGAGAAACGCAUUUGUGUUUACAAAUCAAGCACAAAAUCUAAAAAAGAAGCAAAUGUUCAUUCUUCGUUAAAAAAACGGAGAAUAGAGCUUGAAAAUUCUGAUUUUGGUUCUCCUCGUAAACGCCGGAAUAUUUGUUCAAAUUUAUUAGAAAAUGAAUUGCAUUAUACUCCAACUAAAAUACGAAGCAUACAAAAUCAUUCUUUAUUAGGAAAAUAUUCUCCUCUCAGUAUAAAAAUAUUAUCUCCAAAAGCAGAGAGAAAUUUAGAAAAAAAUUCAUCUAUAGAUGAACCUUCGAGUUCAAAAUCAACUUGUACAACUCCAAAGCGAAAUAGUAAUAAAUUGAGAAUGGAUUUACUUCACAAUAAAGUUUGUGGUCUGAGUUCCAUCUCAGUAAGCUCUAAGCACAAUCAAUGUGUAAGUAUUAGCAAUCAAUCUGAAUCUCUUGAUUCAGAGAAAGAAGAAUGUAAUAAUACUAAAAAUAAUAAAGAGGUUCGUAAGCGAUUAAGCUUUUGGGAUACUAAUGAGAAGAUAAUUGAUUGUACAACGAUUAAUAUUGAUGAAUGCCAUUCUGAACAUUCGUCAGAGAAUGAAGAAAGAAAAAUUGAAAUUCCUUUUGAAAGUGAAAACGAUAUUUGUAAUAUAACAUAUACGCAAUAUCUUAACGAAAAAUUGAAAUCACAAUUAGACAAUCCAAAUUCUGUAUCAGUAGAAAUUAGAAGUGGAAUUACAAAAGAUAAAAUAAUCAGUAUCACUACUAAAUAUAAUCCACCAAGUAGAGAAAGAGUUAUAAACACUAUGAAGACAUAUGAUAUUUCAGAAUGUAAAUCAAGUGGACCAUUCUUUAGCAAUAAAGUUGACCUUGUGAAACAAAAAGAAAGUUCAAAUAAAAACACCAGCAUUAACGAUUCGAUUUCAUUUAAAUCCAACUUGUUCGGAAUUACGGGUAUUAAGCUUUGGCGUAGAAUGAAAAUAAACGAAUUUUAUCCUUCUGGAGCAAGUAUAAAGUCUCGCGAUAUAAAAAGAGUUCUUGCAGGAUAUAAUUCGAUAAUAAUACUACCGCUUUUUCAUCCACCGACACCGAAACACGUUAGAACUUGGUUACGAGCAAAAAAAUAUUUAUUAGAAAGAAAUAAUAAAGAGAAUGAAAUAAGAAAUAAUUCUGAUGUAAAAGAUACCAAGGAGACAGAGACAAAUUCAUCAAAUUCAAAUUGUGAUAAAAAGUUGAUAGAGUAUGUUGAUAUUGAAAAACAUAAUUCAAUCAAUGAAAAGUUCACUAAUAAUAAAGAUACAAAAGCAGAGUCGCAAAAUUGUAACAGUUCAAAAUAUUCAGAUGGAUCUAACGAUACUCUCAAUCCUUCUUUAGAGAAAAUGCUUGAAAAUCCAUUGUUAUUUAAAAAUAAUGACACACAGCAACAUUUAGGAAUUUCAUAUGGGCAGAUUGAAUAUACUAUCAAAGGACAUAGUGGUAAUGUCGGAGACGAAAAUUUUCAAAAUGCCAAAGGCCUUACUGUUCAUCAAUAUCUGACGCUAUUAUCUGUGGAAAUACAUGUUGUCACACGUGGGAAACUUCUACCUGAUCCAGAACAUGAUUCAAUCGGAGCAAUAUUUUAUGCUAUUCACAAUGAUACUCCAUUAUCCACACAUACUGAACAAAUAAAACAUGGUGCUGUUGUUGUGAAUUGUUCUAUACCUAAUUCAAAAGUAAAAAGUAUUUAUUCGACUAGUACUACAUGUCCUACAUCGUACGUCGUAAGUGAAGAGGAUUUAUUAAAUAGUCUGAUAACAUUAAUUAGAUAUUGUGACCCAGAUAUUUUAGUUGGUUGGGAAAUAGAAUCUCUUUCAUGGGGUUACAUUCUACAGAGAGCAUCUUGUAUCGGCUUCAAUAAUUUCAUAUGGCAAAUUUCGAGAAUUGCAAAUGUCGCUCCUACCUAUAAAGGAAAACCAUCAGACAAAGACAAUUUAACUGAUACAAAAAUACCAGGUCGAAUUAUUCUUGAUGUUUGGAGAAUAAUGCGACAUGAAAUACCAUUAUUGGACUACACAUUUGAAAAUAUUAUGUAUAAUGUUUUACGAGAAAGAAUUUCAUGUCCUCCUUUCCAAACUUUAACAGAGUGGUGGAAGCAUAAAAAUAUAUCAAUAUGGUGGAGAGUUAUUACACAUUAUAUUACAAGAGUUAUUGGCACACUGAGAAUAUUGAUACAUCGUGAUAUUAUUGGACGAACAUGCGAACAUGCACGACUUUUUGGAAUUCAGUUUUACGAAGUUUUCUCACGAGGUUCUCAAUUUCGAGUUGAAUCAAUGAUGCUAAGGCUCGCGAAACCUUUGAAUUACAUUCCUGUUUCACCAUCUAUACAACAACGAGCAAAUAUGCGAGCACCCGGAUCUCUACCACUUAUCAUGGAACCAGAAUCUGUAUUUUAUACUGAUCCAUUGAUAGUUCUUGAUUUUCAAAGCUUGUAUCCAAGCAUUAUUAUUGCUUAUAAUUAUUGCUUUUCUACAUGCUUAGGUCGUGUAGAGCAUAUUGGACAUCACGAACCAUUCGAGUUUGGUGCGACUACGUUAAGAGUGAAAAAAAGCACUGCUCAAAAGUUACAAGGAAAAAUAAAUUUCUCACCUUGUGGGGUAGCCUUCGUAAAACCAGAAAUACGACUCGGAAUAUUGCCGCGUAUGCUCACAGAAAUUUUAAAUACACGAUUAAUGGUGAAAGAAUCCAUGAAAAUUCAUGGAAAUGAAAAUUCUGUAUUGCAGCGUAUUCUUUAUUCGCAACAGCUAGGUCUCAAAUUAAUUGCAAAUGUUACUUAUGGUUAUACAGCUGCUAAUUUUAGCGGAAGAAUGCCUUGUAUCGAAAUUGGAGAUAGCGUUGUUAGUAAAGGUAGAGAGACAUUAGAACGAGCAAUUAAAAUCGUAGAAUCUACACCAAAAUGGGGAGCACAAGUCGUUUAUGGAGAUACAGAUUCAUUAUUUAUUCUUCUGCCUGGAAAAUCAAGAAAAGAUGCAUUUAUUAUUGGAGCAGAAAUUGCCGAUACCGUUACCGCAGCCAAUCCUCCCCCUGUAAAACUUAAAUUUGAAAAAAUUUUACAGCCAGCAAUAUUACAAACUAAAAAAAGAUAUUGCGGUUACAUGUACGAAUUUCCUGAGCAAACAGAACCCAAAUAUUUAGCUAAGGGUAUUGAAACUGUCCGUAGAGAUGGUUGUCCAGCUGUAGCUAAAAUACUGGAAAAGUCAUUGAAGAUUUUGUUUGACACUAAAGACCUCUCUUUACUGAAACUAUACGUUACUAGGCAAUUUGAUAAAAUUUUAUGCAGGAAAAUAUCAAUUGAAGACUUAACAUUUGCAAAGGAAUUUCGUGGUUUACGUGGUUAUAAAACGAAUGCUUGCGUGCCUGCAUUAGAACUAACGCGAAGAUUAAUACGAAAAGAUCCUCGAGCUAUACCUCGCACCGGUGAAAGAGUACGAUACGUUAUAGUAGCUGGUGCUCCAAAUCAACCACUUAUUCAUUGUGUGCGAACUCCAAUGGAAGUGAUUGUAGAUGAGGGUUUAAAUCCAAAUUCUGUCUAUUAUAUAACUAAAGUUAUUAUACCACCUCUUAAUCGAUGUUUAAAUCUAAUUGGAGUCGAUGUUAAUACAUGGUAUAAAGAAAUGUCUCAUCGGCAAAUAUCCGAUAAAGCAGUUAAUUUGUUUACAGACAAUCAAAAGUUAACUAUUCGACAGUUUUUCAGUUCUGUUACAUGUGCCUCUUGCGGAGAUAAAACGCAGAAGGACAUUUGCGCGAAUUGCAUGGUACAUUCAAGUCAAACAGUAACUAUUCUACACGAAAAGAUACGAUGGUUGGAACGCGCUCAUUCCGAACUUACUGCUAUUUGUCAGUCUUGUACCGGUUACUUGGAAAAUAUAAAAUGUGAAUCAUUGAAUUGCCCAGUAUUAUAUCGUUUAUCUCAAGCUCGAAGAGAUCUUAUACAAAUACCUUAUUUAAACAAUAUUAUCUGUGAUGGUGGUAUAGAAAGAAGGAAUACAACAUAGUAAUGUUUAUUUUGGUUUGCUAAAUUGUAUACACUUUAAUUUUUAUAAUUAUAGCGAAAAUUAUUUUUAUAUGCUAGAAAAAUAAAUUGUAGUAUAGAUAUUUAAUGUAUCGAAUUUUCGAAUUAAAUUUCGUGGCAUUAGCU